GCAACCCAUUAACAAAUAUUGCAACCUAACCUCAAAUAAAUAAAUAAGAAAAUUCGCGUUUUCAUCUAAAUUUUCCCUAUUUUCCACACGUUUUAAUGUAAUUUAUCAAUUUCACUCUUAGUUUAGUGGUGCCGAGGAUCCCUAGGCCUCCAAAUAAACCGUUAAUUAAGGGGCCCACCGCCAGUGGCAUGUUGACUGACGAGGUGCCGGAGGAAGUCAUCGACGAGGACCUAGAAGCGCUACUGUACGCUCAGGUUUACUAUGGCAAGCCUGGGGACGACAGUCCUGCUGAGCCCCUUUUAUUAGAAUCAUUACCUGUAGAGGGCCCCCCUUUAGUCGAGGAGCACUCCUCUUCAAGCUUAUCACAGCCUGAGCCCGAUCUGGAGCUGCAAGGAAGUUAUAAGAAUAUUAUAAAGAAAAAUAAGACUGCCGGUCAAUAUUUGCAAAAUUUUAGUAAUCAGGAGGACAAAGAAAUUGAUGUUGGCACUAAUCCGAAGCCUGAUUCACCAUCCAACCCGCCUGAAGUUAAUUCUUCAACCCCUCCGCCCCAGCAGUAUGUAGAAAUAUCUACAUCAACGGCUGGUCAAGGUGCAAUAAGCCCCACUCAAGUGGUCACCCAAAUCCCGGUACUGUCCACAUCCACCCCAAAUAAUAUUACGAUCAAUCAGUACUUUUACCCCACCGAUAAUUUUUUGAACCACUUUAACUACUUAAAAAAACGCCUCCGGUGGACCGAUAAAUGCGAAGAGAAUUAUCAACGGUUGCAAGAGGGUUCGAUCAAACCGAAAACGUUUUUACGAUUGUUGAGGCAACAGGCGCGCCACCAGAAACGUAAAGCGAAGAGAUACGCGAAAUUACAAGAGAAAAUUCAAAUUUCCAAAGCGAAUCUGGCGGUAAAAGAGGUGAUUUGUGUGAGCGACAGCGAUAAUAAUUCGGACGUGGAAAUCGUGGAGGGCGACAUGCAACCGAAGGAUAAAAGUGAGGAGGAGGAUGAGAUUAUUUACGUGGAACCGCCCCCGGUUCCGGUUAUAAGCCUGGAGGACGACAGUGGGGCCGAAUCGGAGCAUAUCGAUGUGGUCACUUGUGAGGCUGCACCCCAGGACGAUGCCUCAAAUGAUUUUUUGGGACCAGCCGAUCCGUUGGAAAAGGAAAACUUCAACUUCAGCUUGCACGGUUCCGAUUUCCAAGAGGUGGAGUUCGCCCGACCGGCUAAUCCGAGUGCGGACGUCUACGAAACCGAAAGUAGCACCAGCACCUCCGAUUUCAAUCGCGAUUCGAGUCGAUCCUUCAGUAACAGCGUGAAAACGAUCGUGUUUUCCGAGGUGGAUUUCCCGAAAGAUGACAUUUUCGAGGGGGGUAACUUGGAGAAGUUCGACGACUUGAUAACCCCGAGGCGGGAGGCGGAGGUGCCUGCGGAGAGGCCAAAAGAGAAAGAAAAGAGCGGAAAAACGCGGAGAGUGACCCCGAAAACCGGCUCCUCGUCGGAGAGCAGCUCGGAGAGCGAUUACGAUUACAGCGAGACUCAUAAGAAUUUACCGGAUUUGUCGCCGAUGAUUACAGCUGACGAUACGCCUAGAAAAAGUGCUAAAAAAUUGAAGAAAGCGAGCUCGCAAUUGUUAGAACAGGACGAAUCUGAGGAACCUAGGAGUAAAAUGACAAGGAGUAAAUCUGCUGCUGAAGAGGAACCGGAAACCCCCAAAAAGAAAUUUAAGAAGAAGAAGAAAAAGAAACCGGAUGAAGAGGAGGAACCGGAGCAAUCCGAACCAGAGUCUGCCAAGAAAAAGGCGAAAAAACCUAAAAGAAAAUCCUCUAAGGAAUUAGAAGAACCGGAAAAUAACGACAAAAAGACCAAAAAAGGGAAAACCAAACCGCCCUCCGAAUCGGAAGAGAAAAAGAAAACCAAGAAGAAGAAACGUGACAAAGAGAGCGAAGAAUCCGAGGACGCUUUGAAGAAAAAAGCGAAAAAACGCAAACAAAAACCCACCGAAGAGCCUCCUCUGCAAGAAGAGCAACCUGAAGAGGACAAAACCAAGAAAAAGAAACGAACUUCACUUGAAACCCCUUUCGAUGGUGAAGUUACCGAGGAGGAAGUAGAGGAGAGAGAAGCGGAGAUUCUGGAGGUCCCUCAGAGACCUGAAGGCAGGGUUAUCGUGGAGGAAGACCGUGGAGAUCAAGAGGAGGGGUCCCGGGAAGACGGCGAAUUGGUAGAGGAGGAGGAGGAUAUUGUGCUAAUUGAGCCUGUGGUGCCGGUACACACCAUAGAGUCCUCUUCGGACUCCGAGGAUGACAUUUUAACCUUUGAGGACCUCAGUGACGAGCUGGUACUCGCCAACAUUAAAACUCCCCCAAAAACUGCUGAAAAGCCUUCGGAAGAACCGGCUUGGGCCGAACAAUUCGACGUGGCGACUUUACAAAAAACCAUGUCAGACGAUCCCGAGAAAUGGAAGGUGGCGCAGGCGGACGUUUCCUACGUGCCAAACAGGGACAGGAUAAGACGGAGGUGCGCGAGGUGCAGGCAAAUGGGCCAUUUGGCCGUCAAUUGUACGAAUAAGUCGAGCGUACCGGUGUGUAGUUUGUGCGGCAAAAGUGGGCACCAGGAACCGAGGUGUCCGAAUAAGAUUUGUUUGUCGUGCGCCAACCCCGGCAAUUACUCCCUGGUCUACUGCUACAAAUGCGCCAAGCUUCGCAAAAGAAAGUGCGACACGUGCCAUUUAGAGGGGCACACCUCCAGCUCCUGUCCGGACUCCUGGAGGCGCUACUAUCUGACGACCACCGAAGGCCCCCUGGUAAAACCGCAAACCAAGAAGCUCACGGGCCGGAAAUGGUGCUCGGGGUGCGCCUCUAGCGGCCAUUUGGAGCACGAGUGCACCAGCUACAAGUGGAUCCGGGAGUAUCCGGCCGCUUCACCCCAAAUUUUUCAUUAUCAGGAGUUGUACAACAGGAAUAAGACCAAUAAAGAGAAGCAGGAUUCUAACUCGUCCGAUUUACGUCAAAAAACAACCAACACGCCCCGAAAGGAACCGGUGACCAGCACGAUAACCAGCCAGGAGGCGGCUGAACCACCACCAUCACCACCCCCGGCAGCUACUUUGGACUUCAUCCCGCCUCAGACCCACUUGAAUUUCACUCCGCCGCCGCCCCCCAGGGGGCGCAGACCGCGCGUGAAUCCAUUUUCGAUGAUGCACAGCACGCGGUACACCCCCUACAACAGUCUGAUCCACCCUAACAAUCAAAGGAACACUCCCCCGUUUACUUUUAGCGGCACCCCUUCACUCACGGAUUUCGAGGUGCCUUACAACGGUGCCACCUCCUCCUCCUCGCAGAACCAUCAGAUGAGUUUGUUCAAUAGUGUGCCGCCUCAUUUGAUGGCUCAGCAGGUGUCCAACCUGUGGAGUUCUUCGGUACACCAGGUGGAGAAUACUGUGACUAGUUACCAAACGAAUUACGGGGGUGGGGGAGAGUAUAACUAUACGCAGGACAGUUAUUUUGCUGGCAGGACCAAUCAGUUUGAUCAGCAGAGGAUUCCGUCGCUAACCCAUUACGGAGAGCAACAUUCCAGAGUAAACUUCGGCACCGGUCAACUGAGUCAACUGAGCCAGAUCCAGUCGAAUUACAUCGAUUUUUCGCUUCCUUUGCCUCCUCCAACCUACAACCCGCCCCCCGAUAACAUCUUCACCUUAUCCACGGAACCCAAUAGGGAGAACCUGAACGCUAGGGCCAUAGUAUCGACCAGCACCCCGGAAACAAUUCCUCCACUCAAUCCCCCUCUUAGGGAGGUGGAAGAAGCGUUUAUACCGCUCUCAGUUAACUCGCAAAACCGCGAUAAAAAUUACCCGAAAAAGUUGAACAACGUGGACGAAACCACUAAGCAGAAAUUCCUGAAUUUCCCGAUAGGGGACUUGGUGCAAUUACUGGAGGAUGAAAUUAAAAAAUUGACGGAUAUAAAGCCGAACGAGACGAGGAUGUUUAAGAAACGACUGAGCGGUGUCGAGCAAUUGAAGUCGAUAGAGAUAAAAACGAAUUCGGUGAAAAAGCAGAUCUGUUUCCAGUACAAGCGGUUCAACAUGUACCUGUUCGGGGUGCGACAGUUGGACGAGGGUAAAAAACAUUUGGACUAUUUGAGGAAUUUCGUGAGGAAUGGCGGAAAAACCCUCUCGGAGUCUAAGAGACUCGCCCUGUUGGAGGCUUACGGGUACGUCUUCGGUGGGGAGCAUCCGGGGUUGGACUACGCCAAGUACUUGAAGCGGUACGUUCCGCUAAGGAAUUUUGAAUAGUUUAUUUUUUUUUUUGUUACGGUUGUUUUCAUAUAUUUUCUUAUGAAAAAAUAAAGUAUCAGUUGUGAACUUGAA